AUGCAAGUUAAGACUACUCUUCAGGUGUUGACUCUACAACGAGAGACUGACAAGGUUCUAGCGAGGAAGCAUAUGACAGCUUUCGCACCUGAUCUUAUACAUUCCCUUGAUGGGUCUCACAUGAUGAUAACAGCAGUUGCGGGUUUGAGUUUUGCAGGUGGUGGAGAGUUUCCAGAAGUCCUUCCCAAGCCUAACUUUUCCGCCAUUACCAUACCGAGGCGACUUUGGUCUGAGAUCAACAUACUUCUUCAACUGAGCUGCAGCGUAUUUUCAGGUUACAAAGGAACAAAGUAG